CUUUGUUUACAACAUAUCCAGAGUAGAGAGCGAGACGAUAGACGUCGUACACGCAUAUAUUUUAUUUUUUUUACUGUCGUUCGUCUUUUGUAUCAGCAAGUUGCAGCCAUGGUGGCCAUGACGAAAAGGUUGAAAACCUUUCAAAUCGUAUUUACGGACCCGAGUAAGAGUUUUUACUGCGGCGGAGAACGGGUGUGUGGCCGCAUCGAAGUGGAAGUGAACGAAGUGACCAGGGUGUCUGCUGUGAAGGUUUUGGCUUUGGGUUCUGCUAAGGUCGAGUACCCUAAAGGCAAACAGCGGUGCCGACAGGAAGCUGAGUACCUACGACACACCGAGGUCCUGCGAAUGGUCGACCAGCCAUCAGAUGAUGACGGAUCAGUCAUCCUGAGACCUGGCAACAAAUAUGAAUACACUUUUGGUUUCGAUCUUCCGUCCAGUGGGCUGGUUUCUUCGUACAAGGGAAAAUUUGGAUAUGUCCAGUAUUACGUGAAGGGCCUGUUGGAGAGGACACGUCAACCUACACUGGAGUGCAAGAAGCCGUUUGAGGUGGAGGAACCUUUGGAUGUCAACACUCCAGACCUUUUGUCCCCCACAGGCGGCAUGAAAGAGAAGAAAGUCACAUGCAUGUUCAUCCCUGAUGGUCAAGUGUCACUAAAUGCUAAGAUCGAUCGCAGCGGUUUCUGCGAAGGUGAAGACAUCUACAUCAACGCAAAGUUUGAGAACACCUGUUCUCGGAUUGUGAUUCCCAAGGCUGCUAUCAUCGCCAAGCACACUUAUCAGGCCAAUGGUCGAACCAAGGUCUUCCGCCAGAAGCUCUCUGCAGUGCGAGGAAACCACAUCAUCUCUGGCAUGUGUGACGCAUGGCAGGGCAAGACCAUCAGGGUGCCCAAGAUCAAACCAUCCAUGCUGGGCUGCAACAUUAUUCGUGUUGAGUAUGCACUAAUGAUUUAUAUCCACAUCCCUGGAAGUGAAAAACUGAUUCUAGAGCUACCACUGGUCAUUGGGACUUCAGGACUGGGCAGCCGCAGCAAUAGUGUGAGCAGCCAGGAGGGUUCCGUCAGUAAUGCGUCUCAAAGCUGGGUGUCUCUCAGGUUCCCCUCAGAGCCUCCGAGUUACACUGACAUCACACGCGACUGCCGCCUGGAACAGCCCCUAACGCCACUUUUGGACGACUUCGAUGGAGACGAAAGCCCCAUCUUUAUGAACACCACGGCCUUCCACUAUCCUCCACCGCCUGUUUACACAGAGACCGAGGAGGAGUACCGCAUGCUGCCUGUGUGCUGAAGAUAAGGUGCAGCUGUCGGAGUCUGUGUUCAUUUAGGGCACUUGAAAAGAAGCAGAAUGUCCACAUGGCGAGACGUGGCGAGACGAUGGUAAAUUGAAGCAAGGAAGCCUCCCGUCUGUUCUUCCAGUCGCCUUUGCCGCUGCAUCAUCGCAGCCGAUCCGUCUACAGUCUUCCUCUUGGCGAUCAAGUUGAAGCAACGUCAUCUGUGCUUCCUGACAUUUCCUGAAAGGCUGUUGCUUUAAAGACUCACACUGUUUGGGGUCUUGCUGUCCAUUUACAGCCCCUUCAUAUCCAUGUGUGUUACUUGGGGCCAACCGUGGUAUAAGUCAGCCCCUCCCUCCCAGUCUGCUGUGGCAUCAUUGUUUUUUUUGGGGGGCUGGGGGGGUUGUCUUCUCCUCAUGAUAUGUCAUUCCAGUUAAGUGCUGCGUUUGCAGAAGUUCUGUAAAGGGCUACUGCGACAUUUGUUCCCUUUAUAGAAUAAGCCUCAUUAUCUGUCCAGUAACAGCAUCUAAAAGAGUAUAUACAUAUAUUUUUUUGCUGUCUUAAUGCACUUUCUCGAUUGACGCAUUUGCUUCCAUUACUGCCUACAAGUUUGUUUGGUUUGAACAAUUUUUGUCUUGUGGUGAUUCGUUACAUACUUUUGAUUUCUGAGAACCUCUGAGAUUGAACUUUUAUACUCCAGUUUGGUGGUAAGCUGUAUCUUCUUGCAUAUGCUGGACACUCGCGCGAUCAGAUGCUGGUUACGUAAGAACAUUCAUUUGUACAUUGUAAACAAUCUGCAGUUGUCCUAGACAACAUUUCACUGUGAGAUCGCCUCUGCGCUUUUGCGUGACUUUUCUUCUUUUAGGGCGCAAAGAGAAAUUACUGUUAAAGACUGAUUUGUAAGAAGUGUUUGCAAUGCAUCCUUUAAACUUACAAGUAUUUUUGUAUGAAACCCCAUGGGUUGUUUUUUUAUAAAUAAAGACAUUUUCAAAUUUA